UGUGACAACGUUGCCAUGACUACGCUUAAAAAAUGCAUGUUACUAAUCCUACGCGAAUUAUUUCCUCAUCAAUAAGUGACUGCCGUGACCUCCCGUGAGGCUAUUCAAACUGUUGACUUUCAGGCCCGCUAGUUGAGAAUCUGCAGUGUGGCUGGCAUUGGCAUUUGCAGUUUCCGCAUACAAGAGCAUCGCUUAUUAUAACGGUGCCCAUUAUGACGCUGUCAUUUUGUCAACACGUAAACCUUUCGAUAGUCUACUGAGUUUUCCUCCUCUCGUGUCUAUCCUGUCGCAACAACUUGUUGUCAUAUUUUACAAAACUCAUUGUGUUGACAGUGUUAAGAUGAUAUUAACAUUUCUCCUGUUGUCGUGUUUCAUUCUACACACGAGCAGCCAGUUUGCUUGUCCCGCGGGAUGGACCCAACACGCUGAGUUCUGUUACUUGAUGAUCACCACACCUAAAUUGACUUGGUCCGAGGCCGAUGGUCGCUGCCGAGCGGCUGGCGGUGAAUUGGCCUUGCCCGUAACGAGGGAAGAGAUACGUUUUCUUUGGACCAUGUUCCGGGCGCAAAAUCUGAGCGAGUCCGAGCUGCAACCCUCCGGGGGGAUCUGGCUGGGCUGUCGGCGGACCGCCGCCGGGCUGUGGGGCUGCUCAAAUACCCCCACGCUAGAUUUCGCAUGGUGGAUGGGCGGUCAGCCUGACGGUGGCGACUGUGUGGUGAUGUGGCACCACGAGGCCAGGUGGUCCGAUGCCGAAUGCGAGACGGCGAGGUUCACCGCGUGCCAGCGGCGAGGCCGGGUGGAGUGUGCGCGGCAGGGCCGGUGCCAUCAGCGGGGCGGCCCGGGGCACCAGAUCCACGGCUGCCUGCUGAACCACGUCCUGAGAGAAGUCCAAGUCCAAGACCCCGCCAUGUGCUGUAUCAAGUGCGUCGACGACCCGCGAUGCCGCUCCUUCAACCUCGUUGGGAGUACAUGCCAACUCAACACAGCCCAGCGUUCUGACGUCAACUUCAAUGGAGAGACUGCAACCAACGACACUUGCGUUUAUUACGAAAUCGACUAGAUGUUCAUGAAUAUUGACACUGUCCAAUAAUUGACACUGAGCAACUAUAAAGAUAUUCAAUUUGGAAAACAACAAACUUCAUUGUUUCAAAUCGGAGAACUUGCUAGCAAACUUUUUUUAGGGGACCUGGAGGAACUUGAGCCGAUUCAAGUUGAAUCCAUAUUCCGUGCUCUCUAAAAAAAGAAUUGGAUUUUUUUUCACAUGACAAAUUGCAGUUUGUAUGUAUGUUUUGUUGUCAACUCAACACAGCCCAGCGCUCUGACGUCAACUUCAAUGGAGAGACUUCAACUAACGACACUUGCGUUUAUUACGAGGUCGACUACAUGUACGUGAAUAUUGACACUUUUCAAUUAUGGUUGAGAGAAACUAUAAAGACGUUCAAUUUUGAAAACAACAAACUUCAUUGUUUCUAAUCGGGGAACUUUUUAGGGGAUCUGGAGGGAUAAAAUGAGCCAAUUCAAGUUGCAUCCAUACCCCGUGCUCUCGAAAAAAAAUAAUGAUUUUUUCUCCUAACAAAUUGCAGUUUGUUUGUAUAUAGGCCUAUGUUUUGUUUUAACGGAAAAAGCUACUUAAACCGAUUUUUGGCGUCUGCGACCUCUGAAUCCUGGAAAGGCCCGGGCAAUCCAUUCUGUGCGAAAAACGAAUCAGCCUUGCGAGAGCUGCAUUAUUGUCUGGUAGCUAAUGAAUUCGAAUUUUGUGAAGAAAUAAUACAAUAAGUAAACGUCAGUGCAGUUUUUUUUCGUUCGAUGUCUCAUUCAAAAGUGAAAAGCCUUUAAAUUCCAGGAAAAUAGCAAUUUAUUUGUCCAGGUCAAACUCGAAAAUAAGCUUUCAUCUUUAAAUGAGGAAAAGGAUACUCUUUGCAACAAUUGGGGGAUAUAAUGACGAUGUUGUAUUUUUUUCAACGAAGACUACUAGGCCCAUAACUUAAUUGUGGUCAAAGAAUAUAUUUAGAUUGAUUUCUUCAAAAUGUGUUCGCUUAUAUAUUAUAGUUCGAAAAAAUAAUUGUUAUUUUAGACGCUAGAGGGCAGC